UGUGUGUGUGACGCCAGUGCGACCCUCGAGUCCCCGCGCGAUUCUCUACACGGGGGUUGGCUGGCUGUAGUGAGGCGCGGGGAGGAUGCGAACAGGGAUUUAGUUUCUCUAGCUUUUCCAGUCUGCAGCAGAUUAUUCCCUCUCACCAACACCCAGCAACGGAUUUAGCGUCCCAAAACAAGAUUUGAGACCCAACUUCUCCACACGGAAUAGGAUGCAGAAUUCCUUGUUUCUUGUGGGAAUGCUAUCUAGCAGAGCUGGUUAUCGAUGAACUCUGUUCCAUAAAUACUAUAAGAAAAAAACACAGUGUUUAAGUGAAGGAGCUCAAAGAGCACUUUUUGAUAUGGCAGCAACAGAGGCCAACACAGAACCAGUCCAAGUGGAUGCUGGGGAGACCAAAGCUGAGGAGGAGCCUUCAAAUGCAGAGUCAUCCCCAGUUCCAACUGAGGAAACGCAGCCUACCACAGAGGCACCACAGACCACAGAGCCAUCAGCAGAUAACAAAGUCAAGCCAGCCUCAGAGAAAAUCUGGGACUCUUUUCUGAACAAAAGUGGGCUUGGAAAAGUAAUGGGAGGGAAGAAGAAAAAAGAGCAUAGUACAGUAGCUGAAGAGGUUCUUGCAGAAGACCCAGAUAAGGUCUCAGCCACGAAUAAGAAUGAUCAAGGGGAAGAAGCAGAUCCUAAAGACCAGUCAACUAGUCAGCCAGCAAGUGAAGCAGCAACGGAUGGCCAAGUUAUUGAAAAAGUACCAGACAAUGAGGAGGCUGUCCACGAGCAGAAGGCACCCAGUGCCAAGCCAAAGCAGGGAGAAAAGUCCAGUGUACGUGAUUUCAUUCGCAAGCCUGUUGCCAAGAUUUUCUCCCACAAAAGCACAGAGAAAAAAGAAGGCUCAGGAGAACUAUCAAAACAUGCAAAGGUUCGGUCGAAAUCUCUUGACAGACUGGAUGAUGCUGAUGCCAGCACAGCUGUGGUGGAUCAAAACGAGGACCCACAAUCACCUGAUGAGGCAGAUAAGUCAACUUCCCAAACUACAAAACCAAUGAAACGCUGGCAUUCCUUUAAGAAGCUUAUGGCACAGAAGAGUCACAAGAAAAGCACUGAUGAAACCAAGGAUGCAGAAGGAGCAGAGGGUGGUAGUGCAGAUGCAGCAGGGGACACUGGGACACUGGACUCAACUACAAAGUCAGAGCACACUGGGCAAAAAAGGUGGAAAUUGAAGAGGUCAUGGACUUUUCAAGGUCUAAAGAGAGAUCCAUCAAUUGUUGGAAUCCACAAACCAAAGGACAAAGACUCUUCAGAUAAUCUCAAAGAUGAGAAUACUCCAGAGGCAGAUCAGGGGACCACACAAAUUUCUGAAGAUUCAAAGAUAUCAGGUGAUGGAGAUACUCAAGAGAAGACCCAGGCAGAUGGAGAGGAGGAGAAAGAAGCAGCUGCAGCAGCAAGUGCAACAACAAAUACAAAAAUUGUAGACCAGCAUGCAAAUGAUAUCUGGACGUCAUUUAAAAAGCGAGUAAUUCCCAAGUCAAAGAAAGCAGCAGAUGCUGGUGGAGAAGAGGAAGAACCAACAGGUGAACAAGAACAGACUGAAGAACCACAGGCGGGUAAAGACUCAGGCAAGACUGCCAAGUCCAAAAGGACACAUUUCAACCGCGCUGUCUCACUAAAGAAUUUCAUACUGCGUAAGGGGAAGAGUACUAGCAUGGAUACGGGGGAUGGCUCAGCAGUACAGAAAGAGAAUAAAGGGGAAACUAAAGAUGCGGAUGGCUCUGCAGACACAGCUGGGGCAACUGACCUCCCACAGGGUGGAUCAGAGGACCAGGCUGCCACACCAAGUGAGAGCAACAACGGAGCUCAGGUGGUAGAUGAGCACAAAAGUUCUGAUGGAGAGGAUAAGUCCCUCCCAAGCAUACCAUCUGGUGAGCAGUCAGACACGCCUCACUUAUCAUCAGAGGGAGGAGACCAGACAGAGCCAAAUGUGGAACCCAAGACCAAUGGUGAGAACGGAUAUUCAGGUGCUGCAGCAGAAGACACCACAGCACAUAAUAAUGAGCCUCCUGUCCAGGUCGAUGUUGUAAAGGAAGAAGAGACAAACCAGGAGGACACCAACUCUAGUGACAAAACCUGUGCAAAGGAUGGGAAGAUUCUGAAUCAAGAUGGGAACUGUGGUACUGAAAACACAGUUGCUGAAAGCGAAAAAAUGGCGGGAAACGUGUGAGGCCAAACAAAGAGGAUUAGAUCUCCAUGGGAGUCGUUCAGCGUGGAGCUUUGCCCCCCUCCCCCUCCCCAAAAAAAGAAGUAAUCACACGUUUGUCACGAUUCACCAUGGUGAGAAAUGCAAUCCAUAUAGCUAAAAAAAACUUGAAAAGCAAUAAUUCAGUCAUCAAUCAGCACAUUCCAUUACUGUCAAUGUUUUGCUUGUCUUCUAGUGAGAUUUUAUAUUAUCAAAAAUGACAUUCCUUUGAAUUGUUAAUCUCAACGAUCACAUAUUAUGUGAUCAUAAAGACUGUUAGUUUUAUAUUAAUUGCCAUUCUGUCUGUUUGUAGCUUUCCUUUCACUAGGAAUAUCAAUGUGAUAUACAUUUCAGAUAACUCCAGACUGCCCCCAAUGUGGAUUCAAUAUGGAAUGUGCUCUAAUCUCUGUGCUUGUUUUUAGACUGUUAUGUUGUGUACAUGAAUAAACCACCAUAAAACCA